GCUGAGAUAAAGAUCAAGUCGGAUCCUGAUGAGUUCUUUCAUAGCUUUGGUGGUAAAGCGGUGGCUUCCAAAUUUGUGCUCUGAGAAAGUGCACGGCAUUGAUGUUCAUGAAGGUGAUUGGAAGACUGAUGGCUCUGUCAAGCUAUGGACUUAUGCAGUAGCGAUUGAAGGACACAUUAAGGAACAAUACAAGAACUACAAGGCUAAGUUACAGGUUAUUCGAAAAGGUGACUCGAGCAUUGCCAAAUGGAGUAUUGAGUAUGAGAACAUUAACGAGAAUGACCCUGCUCCAACUUAGUAUCUCUAAUGGCCAAUUCAUGUUGGAAAAGAUGUGGAUGGUUCACUUCUCAAAGCACGAAAAUAA